CGGAUUCAGAUAUAAAGAGACGCCACAAAAACACGACCAAAUUUUCGAUCCAUCUCAUCCCAAUCCCCGCCACCUUCUUUCUCCGACUCCUUCACUUUGCUUUCUUCAUCGGAAAAAAAAAAAACAUGAAGUUCUGCAAAAAAUACCAGGAAUACAUGCAAGGCCAGGAGAAGAAGCUUCCUGGCGUUGGCUUCAAGAAGCUCAAGAAGAUCUUGAAAAAGUGCCGUAAACAGUGUCCAUCCCAGAAAACCAUUGAUGGACCCUUCGCCGCUAAAACCUGUCCCGAUCAUUGCCCAGUGUGCGAUGGGACCUUCUUCCCUUCCCUUCUCAAUGAAAUGUCAGAGGUAGUAGGGUGCUUUAAUCGGCGUGCGCAGAAAUUGCUGGAGCUACAUCUCGCUUCUGGCUUCAGAAAGUAUUUUUUCUGGAUCAAAGGCAAAUUGAAAGGGGACCAUACUGCUCUGAUUCAAGAAGGCAAAGAUCUUGUUACUUAUGCACUCAUAAAUGCCAUUGCAAUUAGGAAAAUACUAAAGAAAUAUGAUAAGAUUCAUUAUUCCAAGCAAGGGCAAUUAUUCAAGUCACAGGUCCAGAGUAUGCACAAGGAGAUUCUUCAGAGUCCCUGGCUUUGUGAGCUUAUGGCUUUCCACAUCAAUUUAAGGGAAACUAAGGUCAAAUCAAGGAAGGCACCUGCUUUCUUCGAAGGAUGUUCUCUCACAUUUAAGGAUGGGAAACCGUCACUUACUUGUGAGCUCUUUGAUUCUAUCAAAGUUGACAUUGACUUAACUUGUUCAGUAUGCUUGGACACAGUGUUUGAUCCAGUUUCUCUGACUUGUGGCCAUAUAUUCUGCUAUAUGUGUGCUUGCUCGGCUGCAUCAGUAUCUAUUGUUAAUGGACUUAAGGCUGCAGAACCUAAAGAGAAAUGUCCUCUAUGUCGUGUGGGUGCAGUUUAUGAAGGUGCUGUGCACUUGGAAGAACUAAAUAUUCUGUUAGGCCGAAGCUGCCAGGAAUACUGGGAGCAGAGGCUGCAGACAGAGAGGGUGGAGAGGGUUAAGCAAAUAAAGGAACACUGGGAUUCACAGUGUAGAGCAUUCGUGGGCGUCUAAGUACAUCAUGCAAUUUUCUUGUUUUAGAGUAUAAUGUUUAUAGUUUUAGGCUGAAAUGUGAAUAUGCAUCUGUUUGAUUGUUUAUGUAUGUAACAUUCUGAAUAAGGUGAAGCUGCUUAUAAACCAUUUACUAGUUUGUUGGUGGCAAUGUUCUUACUUA